GGGAGGAAAGGGAGGACAGGGAGGCAAAGGAGGAGCUCAAGGCCAAUGACAUGAAUUUGGACAAAGAAUUAUUAAGUAUUUAUUGUGAGCAAACGCAGGCCGACGACAUGUCCUUAUACACAACCUUAAAUCACGGACCACCAUGUCAUCUGUCUUUGGAUCCCACCUCUCAGAUGGCAAGUGGAAAAUUGGGUCGACUCCAUCCAUACCUUCAAACAAAUCCAGAAUUGGUCAAGGUCAUGAACAGUGACAAGAACGACUUUAUGCCACCUGAAUGUCUCGACUUUUACUCACUUAUCAGACAACUUAAACCUGCAGAUAAACUCGAGAUCUGCUUUGUCAACAGUCCUUCAGCACAUCCAACAGUCCAGUACCUUCGGCAAAGUGCUUACCUCAAUACAAGUGCAAGUUUCGAUUUCUUUCGUUUAGAUCCUCAAACUUCUGAUAGUAGACAGAUCAUUGAGGCCCAGGAAAUUGGUGUCCAAGUCAUUAGGAAAGUCCGGCAGAAAAAUCGGCAGCUUGUUCAGGAAAUUUGCCAGAACCUGGACUUAAUUGACAAAAUAAAAGGUCUGCAUUGGACUUGGCAACAGCAGAACACCCCCAAAGAGGUAGCAUAUUCGUUGACACAUUUCAGUCAAAUUCCUGCAACCUGUGCCCUUUUACCCUUGUUGCAUCAAGUCUUUGGCCAUUUGUCACAACCAAGAGCACAAUUAAUCUAUGAUGCAUACAAAAUGAUUGCAAGUGAGGCGCUCAAGGUCCCAAUGGAAGAGCGAGACUCUGUGAUCAAAGCAAUCGAACACCUUCCAGUUCAUGUCGAAUCCCUUCCGAGGACAUUUCAUAUUGACCCCAAAAAUGACGAGUACAUCAUGUGUCCAACUUGUUUUGCACUCUAUGAUCGUAAUACACUCUGCCCUAUACAACAAUCACCCACUAGCCCUGUAUCAUUCGGCCUGUCAAAUUCUCAGUCUCGGUUGGGCCGAGAUAAUUCACAUCUUAAUGAAGAUACAGUUAUGGAAGAUAAUUUAGGGUCUGAAUUUGGUGACAAUGAGGACGAAGAAGCUAUGGAUGAAGAGGAACAAGCCCAAGACAAUGAGGAAUGGGCUGAAGCAGAGGAAUACGUUGGUGGACAGCCUGCAUUAGCUGGUUUAUGCACUUCACAGUAUACACUCUCUAGUAUUCCAUGUGGAACAAGGCUCUUCAAGGCUUCAAAGGUUGAUACAGCACAAAGCAAUACUGCAGAGGUAACCCCACAGCCUCUGAAGAUAUUUCUAGUUCCCUCACUUGAAGAAUGGCUUGCAAAAGUACUCCAGGAACCUGGGAUUGAAGAAUCUAUUGAGAGAUUCAUGAGAUCUAGAUCUCAUGAGAAUGCUCCAAUCAAUGAUAUCCUAUUCUCACCCUACAUCCAAGGGCUCCACGAUCAGAACCAUGAACAAUUCCUGUUCUCUGAUCAAUCUCGUUUAAACUUAUGUCUAGGGCUAUAUCUGGACUGGUUUGGCCCCCGAGGAAACCGAAUGGGUGCCUCUCAUUAUAGUACUGGCAUCCUAUAUUUCAUCAUUCUCAAUCUCCCCCCCAGUAUACAGUAUGAUCGGAACUACUUGUUUCCUAUCUUCAUUCCAGGCCCUCGUGAGCCCUCAACCACUGGCCUUAAUCAUUUGUUGGGGCCACUCAUUUCGCAACUUCAAACACUCUUUUACAAAGGUAUCUCAAUAAGAAGCCACAUCUAUCCAUCUCCAGUUCCAAGGGAGGUCAGAGCCAUGCUUUCAAUUAUCAUUGCAGACUUACUAGCUGCCUGCAAGAUUGGAGGAUUUGCCUCUCAUGCACAUCGGCGGUUCUGUCGUAACUGUACUAUCGAGCGCUCUUCAAUGGCAGAGAAUGUCAACCCUACAUCCUGGGAGCCAAUUAACAGACAGGCUCAUCUGGAAGCCAUAAGGUCAUGGCGGGAUGCAUCAUCUGUUGAUGAGAGGAAAAGGAUAUUUGAUGAGUCAGGUGUGCGAUGGACAGAGCUUGCUGAACUUCAAUAUCUUGACCUGACAAAAUGCUUUGUCAUCGAUCCAAUGCAUACAGUCCUAUUGGGAGUCAUUGCCAAUCAUAUACGGAGAAUAUUUGGUCUCACAGAAAGAGUGGAGGUCAACCAGGCUACCACUACUUCAACUUCGGCAGAGUCUCCCUCAUUUCCACAGGAGGAGAUACGAGGCAAUGAAAUAUUAUCUCGUCGGUGGAUUAACUCACGAUUACUGGACAUCCUUUCUCGCUUCCAUUCAGUCACCCUUGAGCAUCUAUGCCAACAAAGAGACCUCCGCUUCUUAAGCGUCCCACUAUGGGGUGGAAAAGCAAAAAAAGUCGAUAUGGUUGUUGCACUUGGCCAAUGGGUUGAGCAGGAGCGCCCUGUCCACUAUAUACAAGACAUUGAUUAUGGCGACACGGAAACAAUACUUAAUAGUGAUGUAGCAGAAGGUGUAAAGCGUCUCGAACUGAGCUUGCAACCUCAGCCAGAGCUUUAUCGUGCUUGCGAAGAUAAAGGGAUAGACAUGUCAAGCCUGACCUAUCGUCUUGAUUACCCAUCAAAAAGAGAAAUGAUCGACCUUCUUCUCAAUGAGAGUCCACCUCAACGACCUUCUGGUUCUAUAAUCCCCCUAUGGAGACAGAUGCAUCGGAAUAGAAGCAGAGAAUCUGUCCCUACAUCUCAAGAUAUCCCUGAUGAUGAUGUUAGUAUUCCAAUUUCAGACGUCCUUGCAUUCAAAACCCAUAGUGAAGAGUAUCUAAAAGGGCUACAAGCACUGUUCAAAUCUCAUCGAAUGAAGCCCAAUCAUCAUUAUUUACUGCAUUUGGGUGAUAUGAUGGGACUAAAACAAAUGACAUACCUGCAUGGCCAACGUGUGAGCACAUUAUUACAUCAAGUAGAUCUUGGUGAAUUUUCAGAACUUGCCAUGCGACAUCUCAAGAACCAGAAAAUAAGUCGAGAUUCAACAGAAUUGGCCACAGAGAUAGCUGAGCCAAGUGAAUGGGAUCUAAUUUCACCAGCAUCAUUUAGACUUCUUGUCAACUUUGGGCAGAAUCAAGGACGUCUCUUUGUGUGA